AUGGAGCCCCCCUUAGCCCAUGCCCGCAGAGGGUGCAUCCCCUGGAAUGGACUCCUGCUGGCAGUCUCACUCGUAACCUUCUGGAACCUUCCCACCACUGUGCAACUCACUAUUGAAUCGGUGCCCUUCAAUGCUGCAGAAGGCACAGAUGUUCUUCUACUUGUCCACAAUGUGACAGGGGACCUUCUAGGCUAUGGCUGGUACAGAGGAGAAAGUGUAGAGAACAACCAACUAAUUGCAUCAUGUAGAAUAGACAGUAGUGCAAGUGCCAUUGGGCCUGCACACAGCGGUCGAGAGACAAUAUACCCCAAUGGAUCCCUGCUGUUCCAGAACGUCACCCAGAACGACACAGGAUACUACACCCUGCUCAUUACAAAGAAUGAUUUACAGACUGAAAGACUAGCUGGACAACUCCGCGUAUACCCGGUGGUGCCCACCCCCGUUAUCACCAGCAACAACUCCAACCCUGUGGAGCAGGACACUGUAGUGUUAACAUGUGGGCCUGAGACUCAGGACACCUCCCACACAUGGUGGGUCAACAAUCAGAGCCUCCCCAACAGCACCAGGCUGGAACUGUCUGAGGACAACAGGACGCUCACUUUAUUCCAUGUCACGAGGAAUGACACAGGACCCUAUAUGUGUGAAACUCAGAACCCAGUGGGUGUCAGCUGCAGUGACCCAUUCACCCUGAAUGUCAUCUACCCAGUGGCACAGCCCUCCAUCGAAGCCAGCAACACCACAGUCACAGAAAAUGAGAAUACCGUGGUCCUGACCUGCCGCACAAAUGACACUGGGAUCUCCAUAUGCUGGUUUUUCAAUGGCCAGAGUCUACUGCUCACGGACAGGAUGAAGCUGUCCCCAGACAACAACACCCUCACCAUCAACCCCGUCAGGAGGGAGGAUGCCGGGGAUUAUCAGUGUGAGGUCUCCAACCUGGGCAAUUCCAGCAAAAGUGACCCCCUCAGGCUGGAUGUGAAAUAUGUUUCAACACAAGGAAGUUCUUCUGGCCUCUCAGGUGGUACUGUCGCUGGCAUCGUGAUUGGAGUCCUGGCUGGGGUAGCUCUGAUAGCAGCCUUGGUGUAUUUUCUGUACAUCAGAAAAACUGGAGAGGCAAGUGACCAGCGCGAUCUCACAGAGCACAAAUCCUCAGACCACAACCAGAGUCAGGGCCACUCUGACAAUCCACCUAACAAGAUUGACGAAGUUGCAUAUUCUGCCCUGAACUUCAAUGCCUGGGAAUCAAAGAAACCAACUUCAGCCUCCCCAUCAGCCACAGAAACAGUUUAUUCAGAAGUGAAAAAUAAGUAA